AUGUAUAACAUAUUUACAGGGUUUUCAAUCUCUAAGAGCCUUCCUUUGAAAAAUAUCACCAAUACUAUCUGCAAUUUGGAAAAUGUUGAAACCGAUUAUCAAUCUACCUCUAAAGCGAACAAUGAUAAGACAUCAACUAAGCAACCUGUGCUUGAUGGAUUUCCAUCAACCUCUAAAUGUAAUAUUGAAAGUAUGAAACUAGUUCAGUCUACCUCAAAAGCCAGCUUUGAAAAAGUGGAGAACAAAUCAACAGAUUCUCCUGUGUUGAAAGGUGCAAAAAAUCUGCCUUUAUCUGAGAGGUACUCAAAUGAAACAUCUUGGCUUCAAAAGAAAUUGCACAAGCUCCAACUGUCCAAGAACUCCAUGGCGACAAGGUUGAAAAGGGCUUUGAAAUUAUCCGAAAAUGCAACAUUCCAAAAGGCAGUAAGCAAGAUGCAGUUUCGUGAAAGCAAAAAAUUAAAAAUGGGUAGGAGAUUUAAGAAAGAAGAAAAGGUUUUAGCAUUAGCUCUGUAUAAACAGGGACCAAGAGCAUACAGAUGGCUCAGAAAUGUUUUUAUAUUGGACCAUGCUAUGGCAAGUGCAAAAAAUCUGCCUUUAUCUGAGAGGUACUCAAAUGAAACAUCUUGGCUUCAAAAGAAAUUGCACAAGCUCCAACUGUCCAAGAACUCCAUGGCGACAAGGUUGAAAAGGGCUUUGAAAUUAUCCGAAAAUGCAACAUUCCAAAAGGCAGUAAGCAAGAUGCAGUUUCGUGAAAGCAAAAAAUUAAAAAUGGGUAGGAGAUUUAAGAAAGAAGAAAAGGUUUUAGCAUUAGCUCUGUAUAAACAGGGACCAAGAGCAUACAGAUGGCUCAGAAAUGUUUUUAUAUUACCAUCCCCCCUAACACUCAGUAGAAUGAUCUCCACAGCAUCAUUGAAAGCUGGAAUAAAUGAAAAUAUUUUUAAAGAACUAAAGAUUAGAGCUGAAAAGAUGAACACAAAACAAAAGCUUUGUUUGCUCUUAUUUGACGAAAUUUCAUUGAUACCCCAUUUUGAUUAUAACCGAAAACGAGAUGCAAUUAUUGGUUUUGUCGACAAUGGAGAAGUCACGCACAAUAAAAUAGCUGAACAUGCUUUGGUAUUCAUGAUUAGAGGCAUAUAUUAUAAUUACAAACAAGCUGUUGCGUAUACUUUUUUCGCUGGUAGUACAUCCAAGGCUGAGCUAGCAGCGCAAAUAAAAAAUAUUAUAAUAAAAUUGAACUCAGCAGGAUUUAAGGUUAUGGGGACCAUUUGUGACCAGGGCUGUGCACAUGUCAGUGCGAUUAAUUAUCUAAUAAUAUAG